AUGUUCCAGCGCAUUCGGGGGGCCAUCGACGCCAGAAUAGCAGAAGAGCAAGCGCGCCAGAAAGCCACCUCACCGUCGGGCACCCCACGAUCCAGCUCUACAACACGGAGAUCCAACUCACGCAACCUCUCGCCCUCGAAGCGCACAGCGAGAUCGAAAGAUGGCGACAGCAGCAAGGCCGCGCCGGCAGGGAAGGGCCCUGACCCCUCAGAGUUUGACCCGGAAUUUGUCGUAGGAGAAGAGGAUGACCCGCCGAGUCGAGCCGGUACACCGCGACCAAAGGAGAAGGCGCAACCCGCCGAAGUGAAUGCGGAGAAUGGCGAUGGCAAGAAGGAGGAGGAAGAGGGGCCGACUGCGGAAGUCGAAGUGAAGCCAGAACAGCCACCAGAGCUGCCGCGCGAGAUUCAAUUGCGAUUGCGUAGGCUGGACAAGCUGGACCCCAAGUAUACGGAACUCCUUCGGUCGUACCGCAUCGCACACGCCAGAGUGGGCGCCAUCGAGGCUUUCGAGAGCUCCCUACGCGAAUACACCCCUCUCACUUCCAUCAGCGACACGGGCGCAUUCGUCGAAUACCUAGGCCAACUAAACGUCAAGAGUGACAUGCUCAUGGAGGAGCUAAAGCGGGUGUCCAAGGAGCGCGAUGAGCUCAACAAGAAGCUGGAGGACGCCGAGAAGCGCGCGAAGGAGGCUACGGCUGAGGUCGAGACGCUGAAGUCCCAGGCGCCGGCUGCCAGCGAGGCUGUACCGGACGAUUCCACAACGCAGACCGAGUCCGUCGCGCCAUCGUCACCUUCCAAAGCGUCCAAGCAGACUGAGAGCACCGAAGACACGGAAGACUUCUUCUCGUACGACAGCGAGCUGCCCCGCUUGCAGACACAAUUACAGGAAAGCGAGGAGAAGGUCGGAAAGCUCGAGGAGGAGAACAAGUCGCUCAAGGAAGAGCUUUCUACGGCUCAGGAAUCAGCACAGUCUUUCAUGCAGAAUCUAGAGACUACGACGAACGAUCUGAACACAUUCAAGGACACCCACCAACGACUACAAAGGGACGCCGACGACCGCGAGAAGGAGCUCAACAACACCAUUGUAGAUCUCAAGUCGAAGGUUGAAAGCGCCGAGGAAGAGCUGCACAAGCACAAGGAUACUCAUGACCAGAACGAAAGGACCAUCGCCGAACUCAAGACGAAGCUUGACGCAACAUCCAAGGAACUGGAAGAGCUACAUGCGGACAAGGGAGAGAAGAUUGUCGAAGAUGAUCAGGUGCAAGAGCUCAAGCAGCGCAUCGAGGAACUCCAAGGUGAACUUUCGCAAUUGCGCGAAUCACAAGCCAAGGCCGAGAAGCGGAACGAGACCAUGGACGGAUUGCUCGGCAAAGUUCGCGAGCAGCUAAAGACUACAGAAGCAAAACGCGAUAGCGCGUUAGUCGAGCUCGAGCAAGCGAAGAAGGACUUGCAGAAAGCGAACGAUGACAAGAAAUCGACCAAACCAGAACCAGUCCAGCAGCCGCAAGCGACCCCAGCACAAGCUCCCCAGAGCGCAGCAGCAAAGAAGAGAGCCCGCGCCAAGGAGAACAAGAAGAACAAGAAGGGAGGAAAGGGACCUGAGGCCAGUGGAACGUUGACACCUGAAGCAACACCCAGUGAAGCUGGAGAUACCGAAGGCCUUCUCAGCCCCCGCGAUGCCGAAUUCUCGCCGUCCCAACUUGAAGACGCGUUGAAGGAUGUCGCGCAGCUCAAAUCUGACCUUGAAGAGAAGGUCGCAGCUAUCGAAACAUUGCAGACCGAGGUCGCGGAGAAGGCGUCGACGAUCGACCGUCUCAGCAAGAGGGCAAAAGACCAAGAAGACAUGCAAGAAGAGAUCGAUACCCUGCGUCAAGACCUCCUUGACUACGGCCUCGAACACACUGAGGCCAAGGAUAAGGUCAAGGAACUGCAAGCCGAGAAGGCGGCGCUGCAAGAGAACCUCACCAAGCUUGAGGCUGAAAUCGCUGAGUUGAAGACCAGCAAAGCAUCGAACGAGUCGUCGCAACAAGAAAGAGAGGCGUUGACCGCCGAGUUCACGGAGCUCAAGACAAAGGCGGAGACAUUGCAGACGGAUCUUUCAGUUGCAGAAAAGCUCGCGGCAUCCCGCUUCAAAGACCUCACCGAAAUGCGAGAGGUGCUGCAGAAGGCGCAACCGGAGCUGACAUCAUUGCGCAAGGAGGUGGCGGAGCUGCGUAGCACCAAGGACGAGCUUUCCACUAAGACUACAGAAAUCCGCCGGCUGGAAAACCGCGAGAAAGACCUCAGAUCGGAGAUUACUGAAUACAAGUCUCAGUUGUCGAGCAAGGAGAGCGAUAUCAAGACACUCAACGACAAAAUCAAACAAGAAACCAGCCAGAGGCUCGCGUUGGAAGAGACAAACAAGAAGAUCCAGCGAGACCUCCAAAACUCGGAGUCAGAGCGGAAGGAUGUCAUCGAAACGCGGGACAAGUUGACGAAAGAUGCCAAAAAGGCACAAGACGAGCUCAAGGCAUCACGCCAGAAGGUUCACGAUCUGGAAGAGGAAGUCGCGAAGCUUACGCGUGAGGUUAGCAGCCUACGUGAAGAGAUCCAGAUGAAGUCGGCGCAGUCCGCGAGUGCGCAGGACUUUGUCAGCAGCAUGCAGGACCAGGUACAAGAGAUGAGCACCCAGAUGAAAGAGGUUCGCGCCCGAAGCGAAAGCCUAGAAGAAGAGCUCGCCGAUGCGCAUCGCUUACUCAGCGAACGUGGACGCGAGGCUGAGACAAUGAGGAGGCUGUUGAACGAUGCGCAAGGCCGGGCUGAUACGCGGGUACGUGAAAUGCAAGAGCGCCUCGACCUUGCCGUCGAGGAACGCGAACGUGCAGAAGAGCAAGCUAGCACAUUCAGCCGCCGACGCGCUCGUGAGCUCGAAGAACUGAAACAAAAGGUCCGCGACGCCGAACGCGCACAAGCACGCGCUGUGGAAGACAAAGAAGAUCUGGUUGCUUCCGAAGGAGCGCUCCGCAAGCAGACGGAGGAUCUCGAGAAACGGGCCGCACAAGCCAGCGAAGAGGCUUCCGAAGUCAAGCUUGCGAUGAGCCAACUCCGGGACGCACUGGACGAGAGCGAGAAACAAGCCCACGAGCUAGAAAAAGAAAAGAGCGAUCUGCGACGAGCAUUCGACGAGACACAGAGCCGUCUCGAGAAGCUCCAAAAGUCCAGCAAGACAAUGUCCGACGAGCUACGCACCCUAAAAGCCCGCGGCUCCAGCUCCACUCCCAUCCCGCAGUCCUCACGCUCCUCAGUCGAGUCCUCGCGGUCGCAACUAGCUUCACCGCGUGCCAGGGGCGGUGGAGCAAUCCAAGAAGCAAUCGACUACGUGUACCUGAAGAACGUGCUCCUGCAGUUUUUGGAGCAGCGAGACAAGAAGUAUCAGCAACAGCUCAUUCCUGUGCUGGGUAUGCUGCUGCAUUUCGAUAAGCAGGAUGAGCAGAAGUGGAUGGCUGCUGUGAGCGCGAAGUGA